AUGCCCUACCUAGUAAUCAGUCUGCUCGGAAAAGAAAACACAACCCCCACUCCCUCCCCCUCCUCAUCCGACCGAAUGAAGCGCAGACGUGAGGCGUUCGACUUCAACGUGAGGAAGGAGGUCUUCGCCGUCGGCAAGAUGUGCGGCGAAGAAAGGAAUUUGCUUCGCAAGCGAUUCCGGGCGGAGCUCGUCGCUGUCCGUGGCCUGCUCGAGAAGGCGGAUCGGUUCUUGGCCCCCGGAGCCGCCGAGGGCCGCCGCGGUGGUGCGGCGCCUUCUUCCUUGUUCGGCCUGGCGGCUCUGCCCGGCAAGAAAGAAGGGCGACCCUUGCUGGGCGCCGAACCACCAUCCGAUGUGUCGAUGAAGGCUGACGACGGCAAGAGGAGGAUGACAACUCCUCUGGCGGAGCACAAAGAGGCGCCCAAGAUGACCUCGGCGGAGCGCCAACAGCUAGCCUUCAGCCUGGUGGCGCUAGCGGCAGAACUGUCCGGCCCCGCCGUCGAGCUCUUGCCGAAGCAGAACAAUGGCGGCCGACGCGAGAUCGAGGUAAACGUGUGCUCCAUGGAAGACGCGGCCCUGUUCGAGCUAAAGAUGCACGUGGACAAGCUCGUCAAAACGAGGGAUCCGUCGCUGCCGCCGCAAGAUGGCAGCAAGAUCGUUGAGCAUGAAGACGCAGCCCUGUUCGAGCUAAAGGUGCACGUAGACAAGCUCGUUAAAACGAGGGAUCCGUCGCUACCCCCUCAAGAUGACGGCAAGAUGGUUGAGGAUGAAGACGAAAAUGGCAGGCGCGUCGAUAUCUGCCCCGGCGUGUCUCCCGUGGUGACCACCCCGUCGCCACUCCAACUUGAAAUUCUUGAAUACGCGGCCGUCUUCAAUGCAACCGGACUAGUCGACAAGAUGCUGUCACCGCUGCCGCAGAAAUACCUGGCGCUCGCUGAAAAGAGGGAGAAGGAGUGCAUCGCCGAGAAGGAGGAUGAUGAGGAGUACGUUGACAUCUGCGGCGACGCCUCGCCGGUGGUGUUCCAGAAUCUCAUUGGUGCAAUCAGCCACAACCCAAGCAUUAUCUUAAGCAGCGAUUCUGAUUCUGAUUCAGACGCAGACAUCGGGUCCGACAGUGAUUCCAGUGACUCUGGUUCGGUCUCCGACAACCACUGCGAUGAGAAGGGGGGCACUCUAGCUCCGCCAGUUCUUCCUAAGGUUAGCAGCUCAGCCCCAGCAGUUCUUUCCAAAGUGAUUAACGAUUCUGCACCACCAUCGGAGCCAACACUGGAGGUGGUACAGAAUGGAGAACUGAAGAAGCUUGACAAUCCAGCUCCAGCAAUUCUUCCCAAGGUGAAUGGCCAUUCUGCCGGCCGUCCAUCGGAGCCGGCACCGGUGAUACAGAAUGCAGAACCAGAGCACGUUAGCAUUCUAGCUCCAUCAGCUCUAUGCAAAAUAGUUGACGAUUCUGCUGCCCAACCAUCAGAGCCGGCACUGGAGGUGGUACCUUUACAGAGUGGGGAACCAGCAGGCAAGCAUAGUAGCCCAGCUCCGGUACUUCUUCCCAAGGUGAACGGUGAUUCUGCUGGCCAGGCACCGGUGCUACAGAAUGCUGAACCAGAGAAGGUAAGCAGCCCGUCUCCGGCAGUCCUUUACAAAGUGGUUGAUGGUUCUGCUCCGUCACUGGAGGCUGGACCGAAGGUGGUACAGAAUGGUUUUGAAACAGAGAAGCUUGACAGUCCAACUCCAACACCAUCAGUUAAUCUUUCUAAUGUCAAUGAUGGUUCUUCCCUGCCAUCAUCGAAGCCUACAUCGGAGAUGGUGCAGAAUGCAGAACCAGAAAAGCUCCCCGACAAGCCUCCGGCGAGGCCGAUGAGCGAGCUGAUCGCCGCAGCGUUGGAAAAGCGGCGGCGGGAGGAGAGGUCCCAGGCGAGGGAGAAAGCCCGUCAGGAUCUGGUGGAGACGGAGAGGUCGGCCAUGACCAGCCACAGGGUACACCCAGCGGACAUGGAGCGGCUUGGCAUCCUUGACAUCGAGCACAUGGUGACCCAACACAGACGGCCUGGUGUUCCUCCCAGUCUGUUGCAGCAGCUUGGGCUCUUUCUGAGGGCUGAUGAAGACGACUGUGGAGAGCAGCAGCAGCCCAUCUCCGAUCCCGGCGUUCAAGACCUGGAGGAAGGGGAGAUUCUACCGUCGUAG